CAAUUUUGUCCCGUCACAUUUCACAUAUUAAAAAUAUAAAUGUUUUUCAUAUUAUGUUAUUUAAAUGAAAAUAUUUAAUACAUGUUUACCAUAUUGGAAUAGAAGGAAUAUCUAUCACUAAAAAUUGAUAAGUCGUAACAAUGGUAUUUUCUAUGUCUCCUGGUUAAUAACAAUAAUGUAUAAAAUGAAUGGUAAAUUGGCAGAUGAUCAAAGUGAACCUAAGGGGCCAGUAACUGAUAGGAGGCCCAUCGUAACAUGUUGUGGGGAAUUGGAGGUAUUUUCAGCAAUAGAGGAUAAUCUGACACAGGCCUUACCAAAAGAUGCCUGCGAAUGGAAAAGAUCUUUGGGGCGCCCAAUUCGAAACGUGCAUAUUGGAGCAACUUUUGUCCCAUUUAGUAGUCUUGCUCUGCCAAAACCUGGCCAGUGGGAUUUAAUAAGAAAGCCAGUGUUUCAUAUUUACUGGACUGAUUGCACAGAUGUAGAUCUUUACAAAAACAAUGUCAGGGAGGACAUUGAAACAUGGAUUAAGGAAUUAAAUUCUAGAGAUAUAUCUGAUUGGCUGAUAGUAGUAGUUGAAAAUUAUGAUGGAAAAAGAACAAAGCAGUUAAUACCACGGACAACAGUUCUUGAUAAAAUUAGAGUAGAUUUUGCUUUAAAACAAGGUGAUAGAUGUAUCUCAGUAAUAAAUCCAGGAAAAUCUGAAAAUAAAACUGCAGAUUCUUGGAGAGGUCUCGUGUCAAGAAUUAGGCAUUUAUUGUUAGUUGCUUAUGCUAGAGCUUUAUCAAGGUUAGAGGAUCAUGUCAGACAGCAAAGGGAGAAAAGGAAUGAACUUGGUUGGGAUUUUAUGAAAUAUUUUGUUUUGCAGGAAGAAUUAGCUCAAGUUUUAGAGAUGUUAGGUUUAAAUGAUGAGGCUUUAGUACAAUAUGAUGAACUGGAUGCACUGUUUUCCCAGUUUGUAGUAAAUUUUACAAGCUGUGACAAUUUGAAAUGGUUGUACCAGUUUCAAAAACCUCUUGAAAGGUGGCAUGGCUUGAAAUUGGCACCCACUCUCUUACCAUCAAAUCCAUCUAUACUUGAAUUGCGAGCAUAUUUAUUUUCAAAACAAGCACAAAUGCUGUUGCUCACCAAUAGAAUUUGGGAGAUGGCUUCAAGAUGUCUGCCUUUUUUGCAUACAUGUGUCAAGGAAUUGAAUAUUUUAGAGAUUACUGCUCCACCAGGUGCUGUUUGGUGUUGGUUGUUUUUAGGCAGUAUGGAAGUGCUUCAGAUUUGUGAUAAAUUCAAUCAGGCAGAUCAAGUUGAGGAGUAUUCAAAACAUACAGCUUCUCUAUGGGAAUAUGCUAGCCAGAAGAUAAGAAGUUUAGGUGAAUUAUGUGCUUUGAUGCCCAAUGCAAUCCCUUCAUCAGAACAAUUGCACAUAGUUGUUGGGCUAUCAGCAGGGAUGGGUGACAGCCCUGGCCCUUUAAACCACCCAUCACCAACUGACAAGCUAAAAGAGGCUUUAUGUUCUCAAGAUGCAUUUACCAAGACUUAUUUAGAAUUAGCUGAACUAGCCAUGGGAACAUAUAAACAUGUUGGCCGUCUAAGAAUGGCUCGUUUAGUAGGCCAGGAAUUGGCCAGUUUCUAUCUUUUGCUAAGCGAAACUCAAAAAGCUGCAGCUUUUCUUGGUGACGCCCUUAGAACUUUUGAAAAUGAUGGUUGGCAAGAUUUGGCUGCGCAGAUACAAAUUAGUUUAGCCGAAUGUCACAAGAAAGCUAAAGAUACUGUCAAAUAUGUCAAAGCUUGCGCGUAUGUAUGUGCUGCUGCAGAGGUGGAUACCCUUAUAAGAUGGGGAUAUUUUGACGAGAUGAACAAAUUCUUAUUAAAGUUAGAGAAGCCAUUGGAUGUGCCUUUUAAUGACAUUAUUAAGAUAAACAGCGUUCAUAUCACAAGCGAUUUAGUUGUAAUGCAAGGAGCCAAAAUAGAAGUUGAAUUUAUUAUAGAGUCAAAUUUUCCUAAAGAAGUGGUCUGUACUUUUGUGGGUGUUUCUUUAGAAAAUGAAGAUGAUAAAAAAAACAAUGAGAAACAUCAAACUGGAAAGAUGCUAACAAAAAAGGAUUUAAAAUGGCAGGAUCCUUUUUUACAAAGGCUCAAAAUCAAGAAAACCCUAGAUUAUAAGCAGAACAAGCAAUUAGAUACUUCAGGCAUUGCCUCAAAAUUUACUCUACAAAGAAAAGACAGCUCAUCUCCGAAUACUCAAGCUAACUUGGACUUGUGCCUUGAAGUAGAAAAUUUGCCCACGUCCCUGACACCAGGUGUAAACGUACUGAAACUGAGUAAAACUGCCACAGUUAUAGGGAAGUACUGUAUAGGAGUGGCAGCUCUGUAUAUUAAUAAACUUCAUUUGGUGUCUCAACAGCUCAUUCCACGGCUGACAAUUGAAGUGAGGGAAGAGAGUCCUUCUAUAAGACUGUAUAAAAGGGCUGGUCCCUUGCUUUUGGGCAUAGAACAAGUGAUGAACCUGAUAUUAACAAUAGGAAGUUACCUGAUUGAACCAAAGUCUAAAAUUAAAUUAACUGCCUCUUCUGGGCUUACUUUUCAAGUAGAAGCCAAUGAAGCAUUAGCUAACAGUAUUGAAAUAGAAGUUGGAGAAAAACCUACCUUCUCAAGUACAAAAGUCUCACUAAGGGUUUUUGCUGAUCUACAUUCUAAGGAUCAUCAAGUUACAAUUCAAGUGCCAUGGACCACCAAGCCUAUUCUUGUUCCACUUACUUUUUCGCCACCCAUGUCGACAACCUGGAGACUAUUCACCAUAAGCCACCGAAAAUUCGUGCAAGUGAACGUGGUGGGCCAAUGCGAGAACAGCCUUAUAGUCGAAAGUCCACAACUGAAAAUUAAAGACAUUCCUGUUCAUUCAAACAACUGUGAUUCUAGUUUGAUAAUUUAUAAUGGUUCCAGUAAUUCUUUUAUUUGGGAAUUGACAGAAGUUGGGUUGACUAAUUGUGUGAAAGUAGAAUUUUCUAUCCAGUAUAAACUAAACCAGGGGGAUGACUACAAGACUUACCAAUUCUUUUUUGACAUUACCGAGUUGAAGACUUUGUACAUACUUGAUGCGGUGGUUGAACCAGCAAAAGGCAGCGAAUUCUGCAGAGUCGGGAUCGUCUGUAAUCUACACCUUUCUAUCUCAUAUGUUGGUCCCACAGAAGAUACAGAUUUAGAUACAAGAUCAAUUAUGUAUGAAGUUCUUGCUGAACAAAGUGUUUGGGCAGUGUGUGGUCGUACAGCGGGAGUAGUUUGCUUUACAGGGGAGGAGGGAUCUGUACAGCAAGUAAUAUUAGAUGUCAUGCCCCUAACAAGUGGAUUUUUACCUCUACCCCUUGUAAGGAUUUCCAAGUAUAUUCCAGCUGAAACUAGUCUACCUGAUAAACCAAGCAAAGGAGAUACUCAUCCAAGAUUAGAACCGUUCAGUUCAGGCCAAGUUUACAACAGAAGUAAAGGGAAACAGUUGCAUAUUAUCGCAGGGACAAGCGAUAAUAAUCCUCAAUGACAUUAAACUCAAACAAAUUGAAUUACGGUAUUAGCAGUACACUAAACGCGUAAGUUAUUUUCGUCAGCCAUUUUAGGUUAACUGUCAUAUUUAUUUACGUUUUCUAUAAGUAUUUAUAAAUACCUAUAUUGUCUCUAUGUUCUUUUCUGUGUACCUACCUUGUGAUAAGAAGCUAUAGAAUUUUACCAAAAGAAUUUACAUGCCUCUUAAGUAGGGUGGUUAUGCGUAAGGGCGAAUUAUAAAUUAUUCAUCUUUCGAAUAUCUUUAGUUUGGCUUUGAUUCGAGCAGCAAAGGCUGCGCGCCUCCCGCGUUCGUUACAGUCCAAUCAAAUUCCCGAAUGUUGGUUUUGAGCAUGGCUUCUCAACAUAUACAGGGUGCUACAAAUUCGAGGUACGAGCAUUGGUAUCCCGGAAAUCGUAAUAGAUACGAAGAUGGUUA